AUGACUUGUACUGAUCCAUCCCUUUUCAUUGGUGUCGAACGCACAUGGCUUUCCAAAGAAAAGUUUGCUUCUCUCGUUGACAAGUAUCUCGAUAAUCGUUCACCUGGUUCUACUGAAACUACUGGCACGGUCGAUACCGGCAAGACGGAAAAGACGUUCAUUGAUUCGACGAUGUACGAAGACAUCAAACGAGUCCUCAAUAAUGAGAUGCCAACGCAGAUAUGGUGUCCUAAUUUUACGUAUUGGGCGCGUAAUGCGUUUAUGUUGAAGCAACUAUCAAGCGGGGAAACAUUUCUUGUGCGUAAAUCUGGUAACAGAAACAGUGGGAAGACUGUUGCCAUCCUCGAGCAGCUGGAUGCCAUGAGAAAUAAGCUCAAGGAAUUUGUUAAUUGCCCUACACAAUUUGUUACCUUGGUAAUUGACCAUUGUAGCACUUGCGCCAUGAUGAAACCAAAGAAGCCUAUUAAGACCGCUGGAAGAGCAAUACACGUCAAGUCAUUCUUAUCGAAACUUCAGAUGGAUUUGAUUGAUUACGGGGGCAAUCGCACACGAUCCGGUGACCUGCGUUAUAUAUUACACCUCAGGGAUCAUCGCACCAAGUAUUCAUGGGCAUACGCGCUUCCUUCUAAACGGGCUGCCGAUGUGGGGGAAAAGCUUCACGAUUUGUUUUGCCAAGUUGGUCCACCAAAAGAAUUGCAAAGUGAUAAUGGUGGCGAAUUCACUGCUAUUGACAUGCUCACCAAGCUUAGGCAAAAGUGGCCAACGAUCACGUUUGUGAGAGGCAGGCCUCGUCAUCCACAAUCACAAGGUCUGAUAGAGCGUGGGAACCAGACGUUAAAACGGAAGUUGAAUGCAUGGUGUCACGAUCAUCGCCGUGAAGGUGUUCACUGGAGCGAAGGUCUUUCCGAAGUUGUAUACAGCAUGAAUACGACGUGGUCAAAACCUAUCAACACAACACCUUACCGCAUGGUUUAUGGUCAAGGUCCACACACAAAUUAUCCUCCUACGUCAAAUGGCCUUGUUGGUGAUUUUUUCGAGGAUCACGGUUACGUCCAAGGAUAUGAAAGUGAUGGCAGCCAUGAGUCGGAGGACCUUUUCUACGAUACCGAUGACGCUGAAGACAACCAUGACAAUAGCGAUGAAAAUGAAAUUGACUCAGCUACUUCGGAAAGCAGCCUGGUUCCAUUAUCUCCCAACAUGUCACAAGAUGUCGAUCAGCAUAGCGAAUCCAGUGAUGAAUAUUCUUCAUGGGAUGGAUGCGAUGAUUCCCAUGCGCAACAUACUGAAGACCUUACCACCGAGCCAGGUUCAUUGGAUGAUCUAGCAAGGUUUGAUGAUGUUUUCGCGGAUGGAGCUUUUGAAGAUUAUUUGGAACGUACGAAAAAUGAACCUGCUACUCGACGUCCUGGUUUCAUUGUGGAUCCCACCUCCGAAGAUGACAUCACAUUUGUACAAGAUGAUGACUACUCUUCCCUUACUUUGGACGCCUGCCAAGAAAAUAUUAGCAUACGGCCAUGUACCGAUAUAGGCAGCGAGCAAGAAACCUCCGAUAUUGAGGAUGACGAAGAUAUCGCUAUGCGACAUGUUGCUAUUCGCGAUGCUGCAGCUAUCACCUAUAACAACAGUGUCCAUGCAAUCCAAAAGCGACUAAAAAGCUUAGUACAAGCUAUCCCAGUAUACGAAGUUGGCGAGUUUGUAGGUGUGCCAAUAGACGACCAUCUUCGGACCAAAAUGGACCCAUGUUACCUUCCAGCAAUUGUUAAUCAUGUGUCAUCUCAUAAUCAAGGCUCAAUGGUGUACAAGGUGUGCUGCCUACAUGGUCCACUGGCACGGUCGUAUCGGGGUCAUGAGCUUCAAGAUUGUCGCCAUGUACGUUUUGACGAACUUGAUGAAGUGGAUCUCGAAGCAAUAACAGAAGAUACCUUGGAGUUGUCUAUGGCCGAUGCUCUUGACCUCCACUGCAUACAUUGGGCACUGUUGUGUACGCGUUUGAGAAGUAGAAAGGAUAAAACAAAGAAAGUACAGUGA